AUGUUUCAACAGUUAUGGAUUGCCGCCUUUACUCUCUGCUUGACAGCCAUCAAUUUGAUGGCUUUCGAGCGGACAUUUGCUGAGAAAAUAUUCUCUGUUGUCUAUUUGGUUGUGAUACUCAUUCAGAUUUUCCCCGCCUGUUUGUGUGUGACUUUUAUGAUGUCCGAAACUUCAAAUUUGACAACGGCCAUGUACAAUUGCAAUUGGAUUGAACAGAAUCACAACUUUCGACGAAUGUUAAUUAUUUUUAUGCAACGUUCACAGAAAAUCAAUGUCAUCUAUGCCGGAGGCUUGGCACCGGUUACAUUGCAAACGUUUUUAUCGAUUAUUAAGUUUUCGUUUUCGAUGUACACCAUAUUGAGUCAGAUGAAAAUAUAA